UUCGUGAGUUUGAACCGUGCACUGGGAACUGUGUCCUCCAUGGUGUCAUUGUAGCCAGCCAGAAAGGUUGAAAACAAGUAUAUUGCCAUUUAAGUAACCCUAUAGCAGCCGCUAUGACGGGUUACACAGUCGAUGAGAAACUGCGUCAAGAGCAGCUUACGAAGCUUAGGAGACAAUGGCUGAAGGACCAGGAACUGAGCCCACGGGAGCCCGUGCUCCCGCAGAAAGCCCCGGGGCCCGUGGCUAAAUUCUGGGCCAGCUUUCUGGAGCCCAAAAGUCUUUGGCGGCUUUACACGUACAAAGCCUACACCGGAGGAGUGUUCGCAGUAACCAGGUUGUUAAUCCCUGCCUGGAUCGUGCACUACUACGUGAAAUACCACAUAGACAAAAGGCCCUUUGGAAUCGUGGAACUGAAGCCCAGACUGUUUCCUGGGGACACUGUCCUGGAGACCGGAGAAGUUGUUCCGGAUCUACCAGAGAGCCACGGACACCACUGAAGACACAAGAAAACUAAACAUCUACAAUGUCUUUUUGUCCCUAUUGUAAAAACAAUGUGUAUAUGUCAUUAAAUAUUUACAAAUA